AGCAAGAAAGAGCAAUUGCUUGAAAGAGAGAGAGAGUAAAAGGGGAGGGAGAGGGCAGAGGCAAUUUCUGCAUCAUUGCUACAGCUGUGUAGUGAGCAGUCUACUCCUCUCUUCAAACAGCUCUCAGACUCUGGCUCGUAACAGACAGGGAAUUAGAGAGACUCUCUUCUUGACUGAUCCAUCACCUCAGGACGUGCGUGUGUGUGUGUUCUUGUGUGUGUGUGUGUGCUCUUGUGUGUGUGUGGGCGUGUUCCUCCUGUUCUCUGGUAGUGGAUACCGGCAUCAAGGAUACUCUCUCCAGCUGUAUACUGAGUGGAUGUUAUUAUCAGGACACACCGUUUUACACUGCUAAAGAGACUUCUGGAUGUUUACGACCCCGUUUGUUGAGGGUUUGCAGUCCUGCGGUCGACUGCUUUCGUUUGCAGAGACUCAGCUGGACAAUUCACAUCAAAAAGUUUGUUUUUUAUUAGGGCGGAGGAGAGGCUUUCAUUUGCUUAACUGGAGUUUUUGCAUCACCAAUCUGCUGGACCGGCUGAACUUGGGAAGAUUUUGUGUUUCAGCACAUCCUGUGUGAACUCUCUCUGCAGCCAGGUGCUCCACUGUAUGGGACCAGGGGACUCCUGGGUGGAUCAAUACCAGUGAGAAGAUUGUUUAUGCUGCAAACUCUGUGUCCUUUCCUGCCCAGGUUGCUAAGUGUGAUAAGUUACCCCCACCAGCAAGCUCUGGACAGAAAAAAAAAACGGUUUGGUUUUCUGAAAUUUUUGCAUCUCUCGAGGAUUCCAACUCUGUUCUCAGUCCUUUCCCGGUUUUCCAGUUUUCCGGAGAUGACGGGAAAGCGGAACUGACCUGCUCUUGGACCUCGCUGCUCAAACAUGAACUCCACCUCUUCCUCUUGGGUGAACCAGAGCAGCUCUCCCUUCUGCCUGCUGGGCGCGGCGGGCUACUCCCGCACCCUGGACACCUGCGUCCUCGAGGUGGUCGUCAUUCUCCUCCUCACCGUCCUCAUCAUCACGGGCAACCUGGUGGUGAUCUUCGUCUUUCACUGCGCCCCCCUGCUCCACCACCACACCACCAGCCACUUCAUCCAGACCAUGGCCUACGCCGACCUCAUGGUGGGCGUCAGCUGCCUGGUGCCCUCCUUCUCCCUGCUGGGCUACCUGCGAGGCCUGGACGAGGAGCUCACCUGCAAGCUCUUCGGCUACAUGGUCUCGGUGCUGAAGAGCGUCUCCAUGGCGUCGCUGGCGUGCAUCAGUGUGGACCGCUACAUCGCCAUCACGCGGCCGCUCUCCUACGCCACCCUGGUGACGCCGUGCCGCCUGCGGGUCUGCAUCGCCCUCGUGUGGCUGUACUCGGCCCUCGUCUUCCUGCCGUCCUUCUUCGGCUGGGGAAAGCCCGGCUACCACGGCGACAUCUUCCGCUGGUGCGCCGCCACGUGGCGGACCAAGCCGGGCUUCAGCGCGUUCAUCGCGGCGCUGCUGUACGCGCCCGCCGCCCUCACCGUCUGCUUCACCUACGGCAGCAUCUUCCGCAUCUGCCGGCAGCACACGCGCGAGAUCACGCGGCGCCACGCCCGCUUCGGCCCGCAGGAGAGCGAGCGGGGGGAGCGUGGCGAGGGCUGCCCCGACAAGCGCUACGCCAUGGUGCUGUUCCGCAUCACCAGCGUCUUCUACAUCCUGUGGAUGCCGUACAUCCUGUACUUCCUGCUGGAGAGCGCCGGGCUCUACCGCCACCUGGUGGCCUCCUUCCUCACGACAUGGCUGGCCAUCAGCAACAGCUUCUGCAACUGCCUCAUCUACAGUCUGUCCAACAGCAUGUUCCGGAAGGGCCUGGGGGGCCUGUUCAGGCCGGUCUGCACCCCGUGUUUGGGCUGUGUGGAGGGGCAGAAACACCCCAAACCCUCCAGCCAACGCCCAGUUCCUUUAUGCCAGGUGUAAGAGCCAACCCACAAAGGGAGGGUUGAGUUUGGCUUAUUCUAAGGAGUCCUUGGAGUGUGCAUUGUGAUGCAUUGCACUUGCAUAGAGGAGGGUGGUUGGGUUCCACAGUGUUGUGUGUGGAGGUCCCCUGUGCCCAGUGCAGAGAUGGGUGUCUGGGGAGCUGCCUGUCCUUUCAGUAAGGAUCUUUGUAGGCAGGAGCUUAUGGAGGUUCUCCAGGGUUCUCCUAGAUGUUCCACAAGGUGGGGUGAGGUUUUGUGGCUGUUUGGAUCACAAUGGAUGAACGAGGACUGCGUCCGGGAAGGGAAUCCAACAAAAUGUCUGAACAGAAAGAAGUGGAAUGCACGCUAAUGGAGAAGAGCAACGUUACCAACAGUCUUAGGCGACCUUUUGGAUGCCUUUGUGAUCUACUCAAAUCCAAUGUAAAAUGUAAAAAGCAACGUCUCUUAAUUUUUGUGUUAUAACCACUAAAGUGCUAAAAGCUAUUUUUCCUUCCUCUCAAAACUUUUCGGCUGAAUAUUCAGCAACACUGUCUUAGUUCUCUCAGGGCGGAGACAUUAAAGCUUCAAAAGAAACUUGUGGUGAAAGGACACCUAAAAUCCCUUUUCUUAAUUACAUUAAGUACCUGUACUGUUAUUUCCCAGUGGUAACGUGUACAACUAACGAGUUUGUGGUCAAUUUUGGGACAAUUCUACGGUGAGCUGAAGUGUAUGAGAUUAGCAGAGACCGGCUUGGAGAAUGUCCUGGUGUCAGUCCAUUUCCCAGACAAGACACCAGGGUUUUAUUCCUGUGUAUUGUCUAAAAAGGAUUCCUCUUGAAGUUGGGUGUUAGAAGCAGGCUCAAAGCAUGUUUAUUCAGUAUUGAGUUACACAGGAGAAUGUUGAUGUGGGAAUUCAUUUGUAUUUUCGAAGACCGACAACUGCAUGCCCAGAGGCAUAAACGCGUAUCCACUUCUCUCACUGGUCUUAUGUGUGUAAGGAAACAAGUUUAUUUAUUCUGAAUUGUACUUGCUCUCAGUUUUAUAUUUUCUGCGCUGGCUGUUGGAUGUCUUUAGACUGGUCUCACUGGAGAAACGACCCCGAGAUCACAAGCCAUGUGAUCUGAGGGCAAUAUCACCAUCCCUUUUGAUGGGUAUAGCGUCAUGUUGAGCAAUACUUCCUCUCAGUGGAGAAAUGUGACCACACAAAGAGAUUGUGACUGUAAAACGGUCAUUCUCUCAUUCUCUGGAUCCCAGGUCCUGUUGCCUCCGGGGGCUGGGAUGGGGUGGAGGGUUUGGGUAGCAGACUCAGAGGACAGCUAGUUCAAGGGGCGUCAGGACAUAGAAGCAGAAUAGUUCCAACAGUAGAUAUAGCUGUAGCUGUACAGUCCUAAGAUGUAUAAAUACUUGAUGUAAAUAGGGUGCUCUUGUGGAUGGCCAUACAUGGCUGUGUAGUGUUUUCAUGAACUUCUUGAGAUAUUUAUGGGUGUUAGAGUAUCUGGGUUGGAGUAUAGGUGGACAUGGAGGAGAAUUUACUCUGUGGGAAAGUUUGGACAUGUACUGCACUGUAUAAACUCACACUUUUAUACAAUCUCAUGUCCAGAAAAGGUCGUUUGUGCAAACUUGCCAAACAGAAACAGAGAGACGGAAGAGAUGAUUUGAGAAAGUCAGCAACAUGGUUUCUACUAAAGAAUUCUACUUUCUAAGUUAUGAUAUUUUGGGGGAUAGGGAAUGCAAUGAGAAUGGUUUUCAAAUAUAUGUGUGUAGCCUACAAAAGCAGAAGCACUACACAGUUGAGAGAAAACGUACAUCAUUUUGUUGGGUUUUCUCUGUGUGGUCAUUGGACUUUUCACUCUCUUGCUGCAAGUUAGGGUUUGAUUUUAAAGAUACUCUGUUCACAAGAAAUGUGUAUGCAUGAUAGUGAUCGCAAGACCCUAAUAUGCUGAUGUUAAUGUUAAACAUUUAUCCUUUGGGUGGCGUAUUGCAAUUUGUAUGUGUGCCCUCAACAAACUCAAGAAAAUAUACAGUUGGAACAAAUUUAUUUUUGUAUUGAUUCAUGGAGAACUUUUUAGUGUGCUGACACACACUUUUAGAAAUAAUUAAUGCAAGGUGUCUGUUUAAAUUCAUUAUUCAGCAUUACUGAGCACUCCUCUUCUAUGCAGCUGUAUGAGAGAGAGGGGGGGGGGGGGUCUGUUGCAACACAAACUCACAAUCCUGUUCUACCUGUCUCCAGACAAUGCAAACUUCUCAAUAAUAGAACAACAGUAUUACAACAAGGGCUCUUGUUUAGAUGAACAAGGCCGCUGAUUAAGCACCAUGGUUCAGGAUGUGCAUGAGCUCCACAGUGUGCUAUGUUUAUGUGCCUGUCAUGACUGUUUACUUGAGGUCGGCAUCAGGUGAGGAUGACAACCAAUGACACCUGUUUGUGUUAGAUGUGUUUGAAGACGGUCAUGUGACUCCUCGUGUCUUGCGAAACCCUGCUGCGUGUGCGUGUGCUGUGUCGACAGCAGCAGCCUGGAGAUCUUGGAAUCUGUUGUAAACAGUCCGAUAAAAACGUAUUUUUGCACUCGUCAUCAGACGUCACCAGCAUGAUCCCCGGGAGUAAUGCUAACCUUAGCGACACAGCCGCGUGCAAACAACUCUGCGUUAAAUCAAGCACAGCGCGUAUGUACCUGAUGAGAGAAACACUGGAAAAUGUUUCAAAUGUUGUGUCUGUGAAGUGUAGAGGACUUUAAUGAUAGCACGGUUAUACUAUAAAAGUCUUUGAUAUCUUGAUUCACAAAGUGGUUGAAUAUCUCUGCAUCAUUAUACUGUAUGGUAUACGAUUCCCUGAAGGCUCUUAAAUGUGUUGAUGUGGCUGAAAAAACAUGUUAGGUCAAAGCGUAAGUUGAUUUAUUUUUUCCUGUGGGAAAAAGAAAAUACUGGGGUGGUUGUUUUUUGAUUGUGACCCGGACCACAGUGUUCCCAACUGGGCCUCGAAUUUGUGAGGACAAGGAGAGUCGAGAGUGGGUGGAAACAGUAACAAGGGUGCAUAUUUACUCAAGUAGACCACAACCCUCCCUUGGCUUGGCAUGUCAAUAUUGUUACAUUCGAAAUCCCAGUCAGUAUGCACUGUGCUACUGGCUUAAUGUGACCCUGUAUUUCCUGUCCUGGGGAAUUUAAAAGAACGAGUGGAUGGUAUAUUUCUUGAAUUGAGUUCUUAAUCUCAUGCAUCAACGUUUUAAGGUGUCUAUAAUGGAUAAAAGUGCCAGUUUGUGAUUGUCAGACACAGACAAGGAAAUCUGUGCAUGACAAUGUGAAUACUGAAAUUAGACAGAAUGAGAUCUAUGAAGUGCAUGCUUCUGAUGCUAUUCAACGCUUGUUAAACAAUCAAUGCCCUGUCAAAAAAACGAAUGCGUAAACACAUUGUACUGAACCACAAUAUGAAGAUGCUCGAUACUGUAGAUCAUGAUUGACAGCUGAUGACCCACUUUCACCUUUCUCGACUGUACUGUAAGAACAAAUAAAUGUGAUGUUACCUCUAA